AUUAGUUCACUGGUUCAAACAUGGCCGACUAUUUUUGUUGACAUUUUCUCUCCGUUUUUACUAAUUUUAUGCUUGGUUUUACGUUUUAACAUAUUUAUUUUUUAAUAAAUGGACACCGGAGCACAUGUUUUUAAAUACUGGAUAAGCUCUCAUCAAUAAGUAGCCCUGGUGGCCUAAAAAAGGACAUAGUUUAAUAAGCUCAAACAUAAUUAAAAAAAAUUCAAAAGUGACUGCUCUUGAAUUGGAUUAUCGUUACUGUUCCAGGGAUAGAAUGGCCCAUGAUGAUAACGAGGUGAUAGGAAGUGCAUCCGAAUUCAUAAAAGAUCGAUUGUACUUUGCAACAUUACGUACAAAACCACGAUCUACUGCUCAUACUCACUACUUUACUAUAGAUGAAGAACUUGUAUAUGAAAAUUUUUAUGCUGACUUCGGUCCACUUAACUUAGGCUGCCUGUACAGAUAUUGUUGUAAACUGAAUAAAAAACUCAAGUCAUUUUCCUUAGCUAAGAAAAAGAUUGUCCACUAUACAAGUUUUGAUGCAAGAAAACGUGCCAAUGCAGCAACAUUAAUAGCUUGCUAUGCAAUUAUCUACCUGAAGAAGACUCCAGAAGAGGCAUAUAGACCUCUAGUAGCUGGCUCUAACCCUCCAUUCCUGCCAUUCAGGGAUGCCUCAUUUGGAGCAUGUACAUACAACCUUACACUGUUAGAUGUCCUACAUGGAUUAAAUAAGGCUCUGAUAAAUGGGUUCUUCAACUUUGACACAUUUGAUGUGGAUGAGUAUGAGCAUUACGAGAGGGUAGAAAAUGGCGAUUUCAACUGGCUUAUACCAAACAAAUUUCUGGCAUUUUGCGGUCCACAUCCCAAAAGCAAAAUUGAAAAUGGCUACCCCCUCCAUGCGCCUGAGGCAUACUUCCCCUACUUCAGAAAGCACAAUGUCACAACUAUAGUACGUCUAAACAAAAAGCUGUAUGAUGCACGACGGUUUACUGACGCCGGUUUCGACCAUCAAGAUCUCUUCUUCAUAGAUGGCAGCACCCCUAGUGAUAAUAUUGUUCGGCAGUUUUUAGAAAUAUCCGAACAUGCAGAAGGAGGAAUAGCAGUGCAUUGUAAAGCUGGUCUUGGACGCACUGGUACUCUGAUAGCCUGCUAUAUCAUGAAGCACUAUAAGUUCACUGCUGCAGAAUGUAUAGGCUGGCUUAGAAUAUGCCGUCCUGGGUCUAUUAUAGGACCUCAGCAAAACUUUCUGGAAGAGAAGCAGGCAUGGUGUUGGAUGCAGGGUGACAUUCACAGAGCCAAAUCCAAAGACAAAGACAGGCACAGUAGGGAGAAACACACAUCUAGCGUGACUAGAAUACUCGGGGGAAUGGAUGAUAUGAAGAUAAACGAUUAUUCCAAACUAGAUGCCAACUACAAUAAGUAUGACACUAUAGAUGCAGAGGCUGAGUAUAGUGGCCCAACCACACGUAGUUCAGCAGUUAUGACACAAGGAGACAAGUUGAACCAGAUCAAGCUUCAACACUCCCGCAAACAUGCCCGCUCUGCUACCACAGGACACCUGGCUGAUGAUGGUAAGAUACAUAAAAGGACGACAACCCAACCACUUCGUCAAAUAACUGGCUCAAAAACCGCAGCUGGUUCAAUGUCUCCAUUGAAGUCAUCUAAAGUUGUGACAUCAUCAUCUCAAAAUCACACAACAUCAGCAGGAGUGCCAAAGAGGACUACAAGAAAUUCAACAACAACAUCAUCUAGCUCAUUAAAGAGGGUAACCAAGGUUGGCAGUAACUACCUGUAUGACACUACCUACAAGUACUAA